CUUGGUCCUCUGACUCGCAGCCGUGGACUCAUUUCGGCUCUGCGUGGUCUGAAACACGCACGCGCGUCUCCUGAGCAGAAGUAAUCCAGACCUGUUGGUUACCUUUUACGCACGUGCGCAUGGGGUAGUCUACCUGUGAGGUUACCUUCCUGUCCUGCCAUGGCAAAGCCUGUAGAGCACAUAAAGAGGCCCAUGAACGCCUUCAUGGUCUGGUCCAGAGGCCAGAGGAGGAAGAUGGCCCGCGAAAACCCAAAGAUGCACAACUCCGAGAUCAGCAAGCGGCUGGGCGCGGAGUGGAAGACGCUCUCCGACUCUGACAAGCGCCCGUUCAUCGACGAGGCCAAGAGGCUGCGCGCGCAGCACCUGCGGGAGCACCCGGACUACAAGUACAGACCCCGGCGCAAGCCCCGCGCCCUCCUGAGGCGGCCCUGUCCUCUGCCGGCCGCGUUAGGGGAGGAGUGCGGGGAGGGCUUCUGCGGGGACCCCUUCCUCCUCGGGGACAAAGCCAGAGUCUUCCUCACCGCCGGACCCUCCUCUUCUCUCUCGUACCUGGAGCCCAUCACGCACUUCAGCACCGGAGCUGUCCAGCGGCCGCCGGAUGGGCCACACUCUCUGGCCUCGGGCGUGCUCCCCUACAGCGCGCACGCGCUCGGAUACCAGGCUGCGGGGUUCGGGGGUCUGGCCUGCGGCGGCCAGCAGCCCCCUCCGCCCCCCGUGACCUGCAGCUGCGGCGCCUGGCCCCCCUCCGGGCUGCAGCCUCAGGUGGCUUACAUCCUGUUCCCGGGAGGGGUGGGCAGGGGGGACGCGUUUAGCGCAGCGCGCACGGUGAUGUGAUGACGAGCACGAGCGGAACCAACACUUUGAUGGACUUCAGUAGAUGUGGACAAACCCGCGGAGUUUGAACCAAAACUCUGAAGGAGAAGUUGGAGAACGCUUUCUUCGGCGGGAAACCUUUUCACAUUUUAUGAAAGCUUUUCGUUUUGUCGUCUCUGUACAUAAUUGUCCUUUUUCUGUCAGUCAUUGAACUGAAUCUCUUGUAUUUGAAAACUUCCUGGCGGGAACGUUUGUCUCUCUGUUGGAGUUCCUGUUCCAAAAGUCUUCACAGAAUCGUGUCACAUAGAAAUGCUGAUCAAUGUUUAGGUAGAUCCCUCGAAAAGCGACUACAGAGCAAAGGCAGACGUCGGUCAAAUCAGCUUUUCUCAUUUCUGGCCCUGCAACAGACGGGCGACCUUGACCUUUCCAGGUGAACCCUGCCCUCGUCCAACAGGAGCCGGGACCGGAUGCAGUGACCCCGAGACCCCCAAAGACAUUUUUCAGAAGGUCUGCUAAAACAAAACAGAGCAUCAAAUGCUUCUCCCUGUUUGGUUGCAUGUUGAAAACGUGAAACAUGUGUCUGUGAAGGAUCUUCGUCUCAUUUCACACUUGAAACGGUGAAAACGUUUCGACGGUGGCUCUACAGGGACAAAAGAAAGGAUCCAUGAAAGUCUGGGAUCACAUUUAAGCUACAGGAUCUGCUCUCUGAACAGUAAUCAUUGUUGGCUCCUUUGUUUGGACACAAACCUUCACAUUUAGCAUCCAAAGGACUCUUUUAAAGAAGCCCCGCCCUCCUUCAUCAUCCUCAAACACAAGCCAUGAACCUCUCCCCAGGUUUUCUGUACGUUUGAUGACUUUAGUGUGUGGACGGCCUCACAAAUGAAGGGGUCUUUCAAACACAGGGAGCCCCGUUCAGAAGACGGGUCUGGAAAAUCCUUCGCUCUAGUUUGUCCAGGAGAGUCCUGCCAGAGAAGAUGAGUCUGAGUUGUGUUUGUAUUUGUGUGAAUGCCACAUUUGAGCUUUGGAUCGUGUCCGAACUCAGCAUGUAGAUCAGGAUUUCUGAAACAUUUGCAGUUCAGACACGUCUGCAAAACCAAACAUAGUCCAUCCCAGAUUUUCAUACAAACACACGCAUGACCACAUGUGAGUAGAAGAGUCUGCAGUAAAGUGCAAACCUUAAACGAAAGCCUGAUGCCAUCACAUUCCUGUGUGAACACCUUUUCUCACACACUCCUCCCUGCUCAGCUGACCAAACAAGCCCGUCCUUUAGCCAAUAACAGCAGACUUUGAUAGCAGCUGCACGCCGCUCACACUUCUGUCAUGACGGUUUCUUCUGAAAAUAAGAAACAACCGAGUCCAGCGGACGGGAUGCUCCCUCAUCCAGCUCAGAGUAACGUGACCUUUUCUGAAGAAGCAGCUCAUAUUUAUGAGAAGCUUUUCAUCCAAAACACCCAAGAUGUGUCAAUAAGAAAAUAAGGGGGCUUAAAUAUUUAUUAUAUUUUAUAUAUUUACAAGGAUUAACCACUGCACGGUGGCGCAGUGGGUAGCGCUCUUGCCUCGCAGCAAGAAGGGCCCCGGUUCAAGUCCCGGCUGGGGACAUGAAAAACACAACAUCAAUGGGGGACCUUUCUGUGUGGAGUUUGCAU